AUGCGCCAAAAGACUAUAGAAGAGCAAUAUAAGAAGAUGACCCACAUUGAGCAUAUUCUUCAGAGACCAGAUACUUAUAUUGGCAGUAUACAGAGAACCUCAGAAUAAAUGUGGAUAAUACAAAAUGGAAAAAUGAUCUAAAAAGAAAUUGAAUACGUCCCUGGGUUUUUUAAAAUAUUCGAUGAAAUUUUGGUUAAUGCAGCCGAUAAUCUACAAAGAGAUUCACGUUAACACAAAUAGUCCUACAUCAAAGUAGACAUUGGAAAUGAAAUUUCAAUUAAAAAUGACGGAUUUCCAAUACCUGUUGAAAUCCAUAAAGAAUACCAAAUCUAUGUCCCAGAGUUGAUUUUUGGAGUGUUUCUAACUGGAAGCAAUUUCGAUGAUACUGAAAAAAGAGUGGUAGGUGGAAGGAAUGGUUAUGGGGCAAAAUUGACAAAUGUGUAUUCAACUGAGUUCACGCUGGAAGUAUGCGAUGGAAAAAGUUACUUUAAGUUGGUUUGGAACAAUAACAUGAGUAACAAAUAGAUCCCUAUUAUUAAACAAAUAAAGAAAGAUCCUUACGUGAGUAUUUCAUAUAAGCCAGACUAUAAGAGGUUUGGGAUGAAAGAGAUAGAAUCAGAUACUCAGGCUUUGUUAACCAGAAGAGUAUAUGAUUUAGCUGGAAUAUAUGGUAAUAAAAUUAGUGUGUAUUUGAAUGAUGAAAAGAUUAAGAUCAAUUCAUUUCAAAAAUAUGUAGAUUUAUAUUUACCAAAUGAAGGGGCAAUUAAAAUAUUUGAUAAGGAUAUGACCACUCCAAGAUGGGAAGUAGUAGUAAGUUAUUCUCCUACUUAAUUUUAACAUGUCUCCUUUGUUAAUGCUAUUUAUACUGCAAAAGGAGGAACUCAUGUGAAUUAUGUAACAGAUAAAAUUAUAUAAGAAAUUUAAAAUGAAAUGAAUAAUAAUAAAAAGUAUAAGUCAAUUGAAGUUUAAAAGUAUUAAAUCAAACAAUCACUUUGGGUAUUUAUCAAUUGCUUGAUUGAUAAUCCCACAUUUGAUUCAUAAACAAAAGAGAAUAUGACAACUAAGGUGUCAGAAUUUGGAGGUACUAACGAAGAGAAAUUUAAGGUAACUGAGAAAUUCUCAAAAGCUUUAAUAAAGACAGAUAUAAUCGAAACUAUAUUUUAGUAAGCCAAAGCCAAAGCUGAUGCCAAAUUAAAUAAGUAAUUGAAAGGCACGAAAACUGGUAGAUUACAUGGAAUUGAAAAGCUGGAUGAUGCAAACGAUGCAGGUAAAAAGAACUCAGAACUUUGCACAUUGAUAUUGACUGAAGGAGAUUCAGCAAAAGCAUUAGCUAUGGCAGGUAUUGAUAUUGUAGGAAGAGAUAGAUAUGGGGUGUUUCCGUUGAAGGGUAAGCUUUUGAAUGUAAGGGAGGCAUCAUUGAAGCAAAUUCUAUAGAAUGAAGAAAUUGAAAAUUUGAUAAAAAUAAUAGGUUUGUAGAAGGAAAGACAAUACACAGAUUUAAAAUCACUUAGAUAUGGAUCGGUGAUGAUUAUGACAGAUCAGGAUAUAGAUGGAUCGCAUAUUAAGGGUUUGAUUAUCAAUUUUAUUCAUCAUUUUUGGCCUUCUUUGGUGAAGUAUCGUGGAUUUUUGAAAGAGUUUGUUACUCCUCUGAUAAAGGCCACAAAGGGAAAUUAAACAAUUCCAUUCUUCACAGUUUAGGAUUUCAACAAAUUCGCUUAAGAAGAGGACAUUAAAACAUGGAAGAUAAAGUAUUACAAAGGAUUAGGUACAUCUGAUGAUCAAGAGGCUCAAGAGUAUUUUAAGAAUUUAAGAACACAUACGAUAUAGUUCAGAUAUGAUGGAGAUGAUGAUGACAACUCUAUUGAUCUGUGCUUUAAUAAGAAAAAAGCAAAUGAUAGAAAAUAAUGGCUUGCAUAAUACAAUCAUGAUUUAUAUGUGGAUCAUACCAAAAGCGAAUUAGGCUAUUCAGAAUUCAUACACAAAGAGUUGAUUCAUUUCUCUAUGGCUGAUAAUAUCAGAUCUAUUCCAUCCCUCAUGGAUGGCUUAAAACCAGGACAGAGAAAGGUAUUAUUUGCCUGUUUUAAGAGAAAUUUGAAACAAGAAAUCAAAGUGGUCUAAUUGGGUGGUUACAUAGCUGAACAUUCUGCUUAUCAUCAUGGAGAUCUAUCAUUGGUUUCUACAAUCAUAGGGAUGGCUUAGAAUUUUGUUGGUUCCAAUAACAUCAAUUUAUUAUUGCCAAAAGGUUAGUUUGGUAGCAGAGCUAUGGGUGGCAAGGAUCAUGCAUCUGCGAGAUAUAUUUCUACAGCUCUUAAUAAGAUUACGAGGUACAUCUUCCCUGAAUAGGAUGAUCAUUUAUUAAAGUAUCUGGAAGAUGAUGGAUAGAUGGUUGAACCAGAGUAUUAUGUGCCUAUUAUUCCUAUGAGUUUGGUCAAUGGAGCUGAAGGUAUUGGUACUGGUUGGUCUACAUCAAUCUAAAAUUAUAAUCCAAUUGACUUAGUUCAAUAAAUUAAAAAUAGAUUGAAUGGAGAAUAAUUUCAGCCAAUGGCUCCCUUUUAUAGAAAUUUUGAUGGCAUCAUUGAAAAUCUACCGAAUGGUAAUUGUGUUAUCAAAGGCUUAAUUGAUUGCAAUGAAGCCACUGAUAUUGUCACUAUUAGAGAGCUUCCAAUUAAGAAAUGGACAAGAAAUUACAAGGAAUGGUUAGAUAAAGAAAUGGCUGAGGAAGGAAGUCAAAUUGUGGAUUUGAGAGAAUAUCACACUAAAUACAAAAUUCAUUUUGAAAUAUAGAUGGUGGAUGGGUUUGUAUAGGAUUUGAAGAAUCCUUUAGAGUACUUUAAACUGUCUUCACCAGCUUCGUGCAGCAAUAUGGUGCUAUUUGACUCAAAUAGUAAAAUCAAAAAAUAUGAAUGUGUUUAGGAUAUAAUGGAAGAGUUUUAUUAGGUUAGAUUAGAGUUUUAUCACAAAAGGAAAGAUUAUUUAAUAUCCAAGUUGGAUAGAGAGGUCUAACUAUUAGAUAAUAAAUUAAAAUUCAUUAAGAUGGUAAUUAGUGAAGAGAUUAAAUUAAGAAAUGUAAAGAAAGUUGAUUUAGUCAAGCAACUAGAUAAAUUUGGAUUUACUCGUUUUUCACAAUUGAUUUAAGUAAAAUCUACAAAAGUAAAAGCUUUUGGUGAUUCUUAAAAAUAGUAGAAAAAUGUUGAUGAUGAUGGGAGUGAAGAGGAGGAAAAGUCAGGAGAUGAAGAUAAACAAUAAAAAAAAUAAAUUUCAAAAAAACUACAAUAAACACCAUCAAUUGAUAUAAGUGAGUUUAAUUAUUUACUAUCAAUGCCAUUGUUUUCACUUACUUAUGAAAAAGUAGAGAAAUUAUAAGAUGAAUUAAAUUAAAGGGUUCAAAGCAGAGAAGCUUUGAUUAAUAAAGAAAUAUCUCUAAUGUGGAGAGAAGAUUUAGAUAAGUUUUUAGAGGCAUAUUAAGAAAUGGUUGAAAUAGAGUUGCGAUUGAUUAAUUAAUAAGAAAAGAUGCCAGGAAAGUAAAUGAAGAAACCUAAGAAGAAAAAUGAUAAAUAAGAUCAAUUAAUUGAAGAAAAAGUAUAAAAGUCGAAAAAGGCCAUAAAGAGCAAGGAUCCAGUAGAAGAAAUUUUAUCCAAAUAUAAAAAGUAAGAUGAAAAAUAGAGUGAAAUCAAUUCUAAACCAAACGAAUCUAAAUAGCUUAACCUAAAAUAAUAGGAAUCGAAAAAACAAGUGGAUAAUUCUAAUCAAGUUUCUUAAUAAGUUUAAGGCAGAAGGAUAAGAAAAUUAAAGGUAGAAAGCAGUUCAGAUGAUGAUUGA